AUGAUGCUGAGACUCUCUUCUGCUUUGUUCCAAAGGUUAUUAGUUGGGUGCACCAAUCUCAAAGUGUUGUACUUUGUCGCCCAAGGGCUGCUACCACCAGAACUUAUUGACACCUCAUCGCACAAGCGAGUGAAGGACAACCUUAUCAAAGAAGUGGUUGCCUCCAACUCCCUGACUGAUCUCCCCAAAGAAACAUCUGAUACGCUCAUUAAGGACUACUACAAGUUUGUAAUGUACCGACACCCGCUGGAGCGAUUAGUCAGUGCUUAUAGGAGCAAAGUACGGAGGAGACCACUGAGCGGUAUCGAUGAUGAGCAACCACACUACAACUGGCUAAAAAAGAAGAUAUACAAACACACUCAUCCUGAAGAGUAUAAGGAAUGGUUCAAAGGAGCCGGAUCACGCGAUGUGGAUAUUUCCUUCCGAGAUUUUAUUACCUACUGGCUAGAGAAUGAUCAUUAUCGAACACAACAUGACGAACAUUUGAUGCCAAUAUUUGACCUCUGUGCACCUUGUAAUGUCAGAUACGAUUACUAUGGUCAUUUUGAAACAUUUGAACAAGAUGCGAGAGUACUUGUUGAACAGAUUGGAACAGAUAUGACGUACCUAAGAAAAGAAUACUACAAUCAAGAAAGUAAUAGAACGUCGUUCAUUGCACUCAACCUUUAUAUGGAAUUGAGUGACAAACAAAAGACAGCUGUUUUAGAACGACUUUCACAAGACAUCGAUUUUUACUAUCACCUUUUUCCAUACAAAAGAGACAGCCACAAAUUCAUUCUUGAUAUAACAAAAGAUUUGUCUCUACCCUGA